AACUGUCUGUACAUGUACUGAUAAAGUCUGGGACUGUACUAGUGACGGGGCUGACUGUGGGUGAUUAUCGUGAUAUACCAGUACUAAGGAAUUGGAACAAGUCGACAGACCAUGAAAGGCCUCCUUCUCUUGGCGAUUUCCUGCUUUGUAGGAAUUCAGUGCAACAGUCCACAUGGUGGGAACCCCCACGGAGGUCAGCUGUUGAUUUGGGAGCUGACCGAUAAACUCUGGACCCUGGGGGACCUCGACCACAACGGAUUCCUUACCCUUGCAGAGCUUGAGAAAGAAUUCAUCACCAACUUUGAUCACGACGGGAGUGGUUGCGUCGUGAGUCACGAGUUCGUCCACCAAUGGCAGCACAAUUACCUGGACACCCAUCAAGCCUCCGUGCACGUGUUCGAACAUUUCGACAUGAACAGAAAUGGCGCCAUCUGUCAUGAUGAUAUUGCAGCCCUCUUUACUGCUACAGACCAUACCAAGGAUAACCUCUUGGAGAAAGACGAAUUUGAUAAUUUGUUGCUCUUUAUAUAUGGACAAAUGCCACUUCCAUAGGAACAUUUUAUGACAUUUUGUAAUAAAUAAUCAUUAUGGCAUAACAUUGUAUUAAACUAUUUUAAUCAUU